UUCUGUUUAUUCGUCUCCUUCUCCGUUUAAAUCUGAGAUCUAAGCUCAUCAGAGAAAAAAAGAGAAACACAAAUAUCCCGAAAUUGCAUUGCCAUUAUUGGAAGUAGUUCCCUCACUCUCACUCAUUUCAAUUUCAAAUUCGAUUCCACAAUCAUCACAGACGCAUCUAUCUCUAUCCAUUCAUCUAAUAAUAUAUUUAUUAUAAUACUUCAUCGAUUAUUUUUGUUAUUAUUAUUUUUGGUUUUCAAAUUUGAUGUAAAUUUGGGAAAAUUUUGAAAGAUGUGGGGCACCAUUGCCAAUUUGAAGGAGAACUUGAACAAGAUCGCACUCGACGUUCACGACGACGACGACGAUGACGAAAUCCUUAGCAUCUACGCCGGAAGUCCUGCCGCCGUCUCCGAUCGUCGGAAUUCACACGGCUCCGCUCAUUCCAAAUCGCCGGCAGUUAGAUCUCGUCCCCUCGCAAAUGGCACCGAUCACGCGCAUACGUCUCUUUCCGAGAUAGAACAAUACAAAGCAGAAAUCAAGAGACUUCAGGCAUCAGAGGCAGAAAUUAAAGCUCUUUCAGUUAACUAUGCAGCUCUAUUAAAAGAAAAGGAGGAUCACAUUGUUAGAUUGAAUAAAGAAAAUGGCUCAUUAAAACAGCAUUUGGAUGCUACUAGCGCUGCAUUGAGAGUCUCCAGAACUGAAGCAUCAACAAGUGGAACUUAUUCUGUCAAGGGAAGUAAUGACCAAUCACCCAAUCGACAGAAUAAGUUCACAACCCAAAGUAAGACGGAAUCUAAAAAUUCAAAUUUACAAGGAAAUGAGAAGGAGCUUGCAGAUUUAGUUGAUGGAAGAAAUAGGCCAACAGCAGAUGCUGUACAACAUACAGCUGAGAUACAAAAGUUGAAGUUGGAAAUGGAGCAAGAACGUGCUCGAUUGGCAAAGAUUCAGCUAAAAUGCCAAGAGGAACAGAAAUUGAACAAGUCCUUUCAGGAGGAGCUUAAAAUAUUAAAGCUGGAUAGAGACAAAACAUCUAUGGAGAUGACGAAAAUACGUGAUGAACUGAAUGAGAAAGUAUCAGAAAUAAAGCGACUACAAAUUGAGUUAACUAGAAGGGAAAGUGACGUAGCAGGUGAGGCAGUGGAUAGCUUGAAAAGACUUGUCAAAACCUUAGAGAAGGAAAAUGCCACUCUUAAGAUGGAAAAGAAUGAAAUUGAGGCUGCUCUUGAAACAAGCAGGAAGUCUUUAGCGGCUAAUGUCCUUUCCAGUGCUUCUCAGAUGUCAGAUCCUUCCAAAAGUUUUCCAGAAAAGGAAGAAAUGGAAAGAUCCAUACAAAAGCUAAAUAAAGAUUUGAUGGAUACACGGCGAGAAAAGGAGAAAGCAGUACAGGAAUUGACCCGCCUUAAACAACAUUUGUUGGAAAAGGAAGCCGAAGAAUCAGAAAAAAUGGACGAAGACAUCAAAAUUAUUGAAGAUCUAAGGCAAAGCAAUGAUUAUUUAAGGGCUCAAGUAUCAAAUCUUGAGAGAACCCUGAAGCAGGCAGUUUUAAGUCAGGAAGAACUGAAGAUGGCAAACAACAGCGAAGUUCUCAAGUCUAGAGAAAUCAUCGACGACCUGGACAAGAAGCUUUCAAACUGUAUCAGCACAAUAGAUGCUAAGAAUCAUGAACUUUUGAAUCUACAGACUGCUCUUGGGCAGUACUAUGCUGAAAUUGAAGCCAAGGAACAUUUAGAAGGAGAGUUGGUUCGUGCAAGAGAAGAAACAGCUAGGCUUACUCAACUUCUGAGAGAUGCCGAAAAUAAAGUAGAUGUAUCUAGGACUGAGAAUGAAAAAGUUUUAGCCCAGCUUGCGCAUUCUGAGAAGGUACAAACUGAAUGGAGAAGCAGAGUAGUUAAACUCGAGGAAGACAAUUCCAAAGUUAGGCGAGCUCUUGAGCAAAGUAUGAUGCAACUAAAUAGAAUGUCUCUGGAUUCAGAUUAUCUUGUUGACAGGCGCAUUGUUAUAAAAUUACUCGUAACUUAUUUCCAGAGAAAUCACAGCAAAGAGGUUUUGGAUCUAAUGGUUCGCAUGCUUGGAUUCUCUGAUGAAGACAAGCAAAGAAUAGGUGCUGCUCAACAAGGUGGUAAAGUUCGUGGAGUUCUUGGUCUGCCCGGUCGCCUGGUUGGAGGCAUCUUGCGAGGAAGUUCAACUGACACAGCUGCAAGUGCGGGAUCCAAUGAUCAGUCCAUUGCGGAUCUGUGGGUUGAUUUUCUUCUCAAGGAAACCGAAGAACGAGAAAAGAGGGAAUCAUCAACAGCAAAUACUGCUGACCCUAUUGAGGAUUCACCAGAUAAAGGUCCAAAUACUGUUCCUGCUGCUCCACCAAUAUCACCAUUUUCCAACCACAGGCUUGGCAAUAGAACAGCUUCUGCUUUUUCAAUUAAUCAGAAAAUUAGUGUUCCCCCUCGUAUCUCUAAUUUUAACUCCGAGUUCUCAACAGUUCCUCUUACCCCGUCUGGUGAAAAACCUUCUAGUUCAGACCUGCUUCCAAGAUUUUAAAUAAACAGUGGAAUUAUGUAAUUAAUCAAAAAAGUAUAGAUCAUUGGUGGUUAAAAUGUAGGCAUGCAAUGAUUUUCAAUUAAUUCUUUCACAUUCAAAAUUAGUCUUAAUUUAAACAUUACCGUCGUCAUAUCGGGUGGAUUCACGUGUACAUAGUUUAAAAAUUCAAGGUUAUAUGCUCAAUUUUGUGAUGCA